GUUUAAAGCCUCAAUAUCAAGUUAACAAUGUUCAGUGACAGUUCAACGGACAUCCAUCCGUUAAUUAACAGCAACAAUGACGAUUUGGAGCCACAAAUCAUUUCACAAUACGCACAGGAAGUUGUCGACUAUUCAUCAUGUUAUGGAUCUCAUGGAACAAUCAGCUAUUCAGCUUUAAACAUUUGUGGACGUCCUUGCAAGUACCCAAGCUAUGGUGACUUUGCUGAAUGCUUCUCACUAAGACAUUAUGGACCGAUUAUGGAUACAGAAUACUCAGCUAUUGAUGCACAGGAUAAAAUUACAUUCCAUGACUUUGUUGUGAUACAAUUUGAACAUUUUGUGUUGCCGAGAGAGAUUAAGAUUUAUGAAACUUAUAAUCCGGGAUCGGUUGUAAGAAUUUAUGCGUAUUUGUGGAGCGAAAAGAAGUGGGAAUUGCUGUGGGAGGAUCAUCCAGUUAUGGUUGAGAAGAAGUCGAGGGAAUUUUUUCCAAAGAUAAAGAAGAUCCAGGUGCCAACAAGAGUCUUACGUCUCGAAUUUAACUGCAGCCUCGUGGAUUACUACAUUGGAAUUGAUGCUGUUUUAUUAACAGGAAUUAAGGUUGUGUCUCCAGUCCGUCACCCACCAGAAUCAAAAGUCAUUAUGGGAUUAAUUCAAAAGAAACUCGAAAAUGUCAAAUUUAUUCCACAAGUUCCAGCAAAUGAUACAAUUGAGGACUUCCUUAAAAAUGAUUUAAACAAGUUUGUUGAUGAUUUGAGGAUUAAUGAGUCAGAAAAGGACAUAAAAGUCAGAUGGAAGAAGGAAAAGAUAGUUUUUGACAUCCCUGAAGAGGUUCUGUUCAAAAUCAUGUCUUAUUUGGACUUGCGAUCGCUGUACAAUUGCUCGAGAGUAUGCAGGAAGUUCAAUGUUAUCUCAAAAGACUCACUGCUGUAUCAGAAUGUCAACUUAAAGUUCUAUUGGCACCGAGCAGACAACAAAUUAGUCAAGAGCCUGAUGCAUCGCUGUUUUUUGAUUAAGAAGCUUGAUAUGAGCUGUUGUGGAUACUUUGGAAGCAUCAACGAUGAAGAAUUUGUCACAUUUAUUAGAGUUUGUGGUAAAAACUUGACUCACUUGCGUCUAAACUCAACUCAAUUCCUAACAGGCAGAUGUCUUCAGUCCAUCGCAUUCAGAUGUUCAAAUUUGAUUGAAUUGGAACUCCAAAAUUAUCACAGUCCAACCAAUGAACGUGAUUUUAACAAUUUGACACUUUUGAAUAAUUUGGAGUCAGUCAAUUUAAGCAGAACAUCCGUUGACACUUUUGGAGUGACUGCCGUCAUCAAAUGCAAUCCACGACUUAAGCAUUUGAACAUUUCAUUCAAUCAGCAACUUCAGAUUGAUCAAAUUUGCUUACAAAUGUCAAUUCAUGGCAAGAACAUCAGAUCAAUUGAUAUGUGGAAGUGCCAUCACUUGACAACAGCUGGAUUGAGGGCACUGACUUGCUGUGACACACUUGAAGUCGUUGAUUUUGGAUGGAAUUUACGCGAGGAAUCAAACAUUACAGAAAGUUUUAAGAACUUCAUCCAAAAUUGCCCAAAUUUGACAAAAAUGAUCCUCGCUGCUGUUCGUGGCGUAGCUGAACGUGACCUUAACAACAUUGCGACAUAUUGUAAGAAUUUAGAGCAUUUAGAUCUGAUGGGAAUUGUUGGCAUCACAAGUGAGGCUGUUCAUAAAAUUCUACAGGAAUGUCCGCGUCUGAAGGUCGUUGAUCUGUCAUUUUGUGAGAAUCUCGAUGACGUCACACUGUUCAAGUGGGCGAGUGAUUAUAACGUUUGUAUUAAGAGGAGUGAGGUUCCGAGUGAUUUUUGAGAGAAUUUUAUUUUACAUUUUUUUGGGAGGGUUAUUUGUAAAUGAUGUCUGUGUCAGUCU